AACGGACCCAUAUAUAGCAGCUGCCCCAUCGCUGCUCCGUCUUCCCCUUCCAGUGUAUCCCAGCUGCUCCAGCCUAUCAGCUUUCUCCACAGAACGACUCAGUUGCUUCCCCAUACUGAGCUAACGCGAAUUCGGCAUUGUACUUCAUCUGCUGAAAUUCAUCUCAUCUCCGUGAUCUCACAGCAGAAACAGGCGAACAUAUAAGAAGUAUACUCAGCACUUCCGAAAGAUUUGUAUCAGCAACAUCUCAAACUCAAGAUAUAUCCAAUUUAUUGCAAGUUUUGAAUAUUAUUGUUUUGAUAUUGAGGUCACCAUCUAGCCAUUGCGAACCUGACUCAAUAUUUCAAUUUUCAGAUUUACUUCACAAACUUUGAAUCUUGUCAAUUUUUCAAACUUCACGUCCACAUCAUAAUUUUCUAGUUUCCUCUACCACAUCAACCCGAUCGCUCUUUUUGUCGAUCUUCAUUCAUCCUUUCAUUGAUCCUUCAAUCAUAACAUCUACAUAUCCAUAAUGUCAUUGGUUGCCAUCAAGAACGGCGUGUCCAGUCUUUUCAACAAGGCCAAGAGCACCGAAGAGUUUGAGUCUUCCUCUCAGCUCUUAGCCAACGCACAAGCUCCAUACGGCAGUCUUUCGACGCCAGACAGAGGCCAGGACUUGGCCGACAGCGAAGGCGUAUUGAAUUCGUUAUCUUCUCGUUCGUCCGAAGACGACGAGGACGUUGGCUUUUUCAACAAGUUCGACCCCAGAGUCAUGUCCGACAUCAUCAUUGGAUUGUCUGACGGUUUGACUGUUCCUUUUGCAUUGACGGCAGGUUUGUCGUCACUUGGAGACUCCAAGUUGGUCAUCACCGGUGGUAUGGCCGAGUUGGUAUCCGGGGCUAUCUCUAUGGGACUUGGUGGUUUCUUGGCUGCUCGUUCGGAAUCAGAAUACUACAAGUCACAAGUCAAGAAAGAAAAAACAGAAUUCUUCAACAAACCAGAAUUGAUCAACCAGGAAGCUGCAGAAAUCAUGUUUGAGCUAGGAGCUACAGAACAAACCAUUGCUUCAUUCUUAAAAGAUUUAGACUCGCAGCCAAAGAUGUUGAUUGAUUUUGUUAUUAGAUUCGGCAAAGGCUUAGAAGAGCCUGCAGAAGGUAGAGAAUUCACCUCGGCUUUAACCAUCGGGCUGUCAUACUUUUUAGGUGGAUUUGUCCCACUUUUGCCCUACUUCUUCACCACGGUUGUCAAAACCGGCUUGUUGGUGUCUGUUAUUGUCAUGAUUAUAACUUUGUUUGUAUUUGGUUACGUAAAGACUUCCAUUUCGUUGGGAGACGAUUGUGCCAGAUCCAAGAAGUACGGAGAAGGUCUACAAAUGGUGGCUAUCGGCUCGGUAGCUGCUGGUGCUGCUUGGACAUUGGUCUACUUGAUUGAAUAGUCAAGAAUCAAGUAGUAUACAUUUGUAAAUUCCUCCUGCAUUACGAAGAAGUAGUAGACUGCUAUUGCUUCUCGUUAUCUCGUACUAUAAGAUCAUGUCAGUUUAAUAGCGCAAUAUCCUAGUAGCGCAAAAGCCCAAAUAGCUAAGUAGCUUUCAGCUUCCAGUGACGUUCGCCUUGCAUUUCUCGCUCUAUAUAGGUGCUGUUCAGCUUCUAAGAUCCUUUAAUAUAAGAACCUCACUAUUAAUAGAAAUUGAAAAGAGAAACAAAU